CAACCGAUUGUUUGAUCUGCUGGUUUGAUGAUUUUUUUGAAUAUAUCCUGAAUAGUUUAAAAAACAAUUCUGAAUUAAAUUGUAUUUUUUUUUAUGGUAGAAGCAUGGAAAAAUCUUUUGUUUUAUUAAGCUCUAUGUCUCCACGAUUGAAAAAUCGACAGAAAACACUGAAAAAUAACAAAUCUAUAAAAGUUCUAGCUUUGAAAAAGCAUUUUAGAAGAUCUUCAAUAUAUGAUAAAAUUAGCUCUACUGAAAAUGAACAUACAGUUAUUGAAGAUAGUUCAGAAACAUCUAGCUCAGGAAAUAGUAAGCAGACCAAUGUUGAAGCUUGUAUUGUUAUUGACUCUACAGAUAGUGAAGCUUCUCCAAAGCAACAAAUCCAGGAGCGUCAAAGAGUAACAUUUAAUUUAAAUAAUAAAUGCAAUAAUAAAGUAGAGGAAUGGUUAAAUAAUAUUGAAACUGAAGUUGUGAGAGAUGAUGAGAGUUUCUUUAGUCAGGUUUCAUCAAUAUAUGAUAACAAUAGAAGUAAAGUUAAUUUAGGGGAAACUAAAAUAGCUGCUUCAUCUACUUUUGAUGAACACGUGACAAAGAGAUUUGACGAAAUGUUUUCCACAACAACAAAACAUUUCAAAAGUAAAGUUGUUGACAAGAUAUCCACCCAAAAUAAUAGUGAAUCUGUAAAUUCACCCAAGAUAAUUGUGACUUCUGAUAAGUGUACUCCAAAAAAUUCAUCCCUAGGAUUCAGUUCUAAGGCUGAAAACUCUGACGAAAUGAAGUCAUUGUUGGAUUCAAUUUAUGGUGUGAGAUGGAGAGCUAAAGAAGACAGUAUUUUACCAUUAUCAGAGCCAUCGAACAGAUUAAAAUCAUUUACAGCAAGUAAAAAUGUUCUACCUGUAACAGAAAAAAACCCCAUGUUACCAAGUAAAAAAGAUAAUUUAAAAUCCAAAGGUAUAAAACUAAAUUUCAAUCACAAAAGCAUAAAUUUUCAGUUACCAAUAGUUAAUAAACUGAAGAAUUUAUGUGACUCGGAUAGCAGUGAAACUGGAAGCAAUAGCAGUAAUAAAGAAAAUAAUUCAAAGGAAUUGCUGCCUCAAAAGCUAUUUAAUAGUAUUUCUGAGGAAGAUGUAUCAAGUGAUGAAGAAUAUGAUAAGGAGGUCACUAGACUAUAUCAAGAAAAAUCUGUAAAGAUCUCAAAACAAAAAUCUUAUAGUUUUUUAGAGUCAUUAUCAAACCAUAUACCUCUUAAUAAAUGUGACAUAUCAGCUCGAAUAUAUAGAACUAGUUUUAAAGCUAAUAAGCACAGAUUAGUAGAAAAAUUAUUUGCCUUAUACAAUGAAAAAGUAUUUAACAAUCUCUUACCAAAAGAUACAAUAAUUGAAUGGAAUGCUAAAUUAAGAAAUACAGCUGGUUUAUGUUAUUGUGUUCGAACUACCCACAGAAAUGGUCAGAUAGAACGACAGGCUAAGAUUAGUUUAUCUGUCAAAGUUCUGGAUUCCCCAGAGAGAGUGAGAGAUACAUUAAUACAUGAAAUGUGCCAUGCAGCAACCUGGAUUUUAAAUCAAGUAUCCAAUGGACAUGGUGUGUUCUGGAAAAACUGGGCUUUCAAAGCAAUGAGAACUUUCCCAGAAAUUCCGCCAAUUAAACGGUGCCAUACAUAUCAAAUUAAAACCAAGUACACUUAUAGAUGUACAGGUUGUGGAUACAGUAUUGGAAGACAUUCCAAAUCAUUGAAUAUAGACCGAAAACGCUGUGGACAUUGUUUAGGUAAAUUUGAAGUGCUCCUUAAUAAAACCUCUAAACAGGGCGAUGUUAAGACUGUUCCAGUUACUCCAAAAAAAGAAUUGACAGGGUUUGCUUUAUUUGUUAAAGAAAAUUAUGCUUUGCAUAAAGAGCCCACAAUAAAGCAUGCUGACGUAAUGAAAAUUUUAGGACAAAAGUUUUCAGAGGUUAAACUCAAAUCAUAAUUUUAAUCUAAUAAUAUAGUAAAGUUACUAACUUAAAGACUGUCUAGAAAUCUAGAUAUAAGUUGACAUUCUCUCCAGAACAGUUAACCCUAAUAGGUCUGCUCAUUCCUAAAUACUCCUCGCUUUCUGACGUCAGCCAUACCCGCGGCUGUUAAGACUGUACAUACUAUUAAGGAUUCAGGCUGUGUGUACAUGUGUGUUAAUUAUUUCGUCGAUUUUAAUUGUGAAAAAGUUCUUUUUAAAGUUUUUUAGAGCUAUAGAAUGUAUAAAAACUUUCAUUCUGUGUUGUGGUUCGUGAUGAAGUGUUUACGAUAUUGUUUAUUAAUUAUUUUAAGCAAAAUAUGGAAGCACUCACAAAAGAAUGCCUACGAAAGGCGAUGCUAGGAACUGCUGUUCUUAAAAACGCCUUAUCCGACUAUUUUUGACUAAAUUGGCGUUAAAAAGGCACAAAAAAGACAUAGAAUAUUAUUAUGUUCACAUUUGCAAUUUUUUUAUUUAUUCCUAACAAUGUUACUGAUAAUGCCUAAGUUACUUCAAAUCUUUCUCCAAUUAUCACAAUUAUUGGGGACCUAGGCGAUCGAACAUCUGUAUGUGUUUCUGGCACUAAAUUAAAACAAAUUACAUUUGAAUUAAAUUAAAUUAAACCAAAUUGCGUCUAGUACAUGGUAACUUAUAACCCGCUAACAAAUACACUACAUACAAAAACCAUUCUCAUAUCAUUUGAUGGUCUGACACUAUCCCUAUUUUUAUCUAUCUAUAACAGCGCGCGAAAAUAAUUAUAAGGGGUUUUAUUUACAUAAAA